CUCGCCCCCUCUAUAGAGGAGAGGAGGGAGCGUGUGGAGAGGCGCACACUGCUGCUGGACUUUCACUCUUCUGUCGCCUGCUACCCCCUGAACACCUCGCAGCUUCGCCCUCGGCCUCCCAAGCCAGGACCAUGGACGUGAAAGUGGUCGCCCUGGUGACCUUGCUGGUGGCAACUCUUGCGCUCUCCGAGGGAAAACCGGUCAGUCUGAGUUACAGAUGUCCCUGCAGAUUCACUGAGAGCAACGUAGCCAAAGCCAACAUCAAGCAUCUCAAAAUCCUCAACACACCUAACUGUGCUCUCCAGAUCGUGGCAAGGCUGAAGAGUAGCAGCAGACAAGUAUGCAUUGAUCCUAAAUUAAAAUGGAUUCAAGAAUACCUGGAGAAAGCUUUCAACAAGAGGUUCAAGAUGUAAAAGGCACGCAUUGUAAGACUGAAGCCUGAAGGAUUUCUUACUGUAGGACCAGAAAGCAGAUAACAAGUAUUAGGGAAGGAAUGCUGUCACCAGGCAGCUCUAGGGAUGGCUAAUGCAUUUAAAGCCUCUGUUUUGCACAAAUCCUGGCUUGCUUUCACUGUAUUAUUAUGUAGCAAGAUAUAUGGUGUUUAUUUUUUAUUAAGUUUGUUCUAUUGAAUGUCACUGGUGACAAAUAUGAACUCAUUAGACUUAAGUUCCUUAGUUUUACUUAUGUUAUCAUUUUUCCUGGGUGAGCCCUAGUUUAUCUUGCACUCAGUAUUGGGGGCACACCAAGAGUUAUUAGGUUUUAUGUAUAAAUAUAUGGCAGGACAUGAGUUGCAAUAUGUGCCAAGAUUUUUUAGCUGAAGAGUAUGACUUAUUGACAUGAAGGAUAUGACCAUUUGUAGGGAUAUGGACCCAGAAUAACAGCUACCAAUGUUGGCCCUGAUUAAUUUUUUUUUUUUAAAUCAGUAUGUUGCUGUAGAGUUAAUUCCCUCUCUUCAUGUGAGAACAAAAAUCAUUUUUUCAGAUCAAGAAGAAGUUAUCUGGACGGAUUAGAGAUGCUCAAAAGGUUGGUCCAUUACUGGCCAUUUUCAAAAAAGUGAGGGCAGAGCAGGGCUACACCAUCCAUGUUGUCAACUGCAUCCCAUCACUUUCUCCUCAUUUUCAUUUUUUUCUCCAUCCAUCAUCAUAUGUAUCUGAGACUGUCUCUGUCCAUGGCACAGAAAAAGAAAUUUCUCAAGACUAAACUUUUGAUUUAAACCACACAUUGAAAAAUAAAUGGAAAUAUGUUAUGUCUUAAAGGUAUGCUGCCAAUGAAGUAUUUUCCCUAUAUGUCUUGUGUGGAAUAUUGUCAAAAUGUCAAAUGCUGUGUUUUUGUGUAGCAAACAGUAUGCCCAAUGUAAAAUACUGUUAUUGUCUGUUGGAAUGCAAAAGGUGGAAUUGAAUAUGUGUCCUUUGUUGUCUUUUGAUUCCACUGCCAAUUUGUCAAUGUCUAUGUGUUUAUAAAAACUCUUUGCUUUGGGGUUGUUUUAAUUGCCUCAGUGACCCGGGAUAAACAAUAUUCCCUUUCCCCAGAAGAGCACAAUAUGAUUCAAUUACUAUGUUAGCUUUCUGGGCACUGACUCGACUGCAGGCUGGGUACCUUGUCAUGCGGAUCAAACAUUUUGAAUAUUGUGAGGGGAAAAUCUACUAUAGCUAGGACUAGGAAACUUUAGAAAUCAGAAUGUUCUAGAAAGACCUCCUCCUAUGUUGUGAUUAGCAGACAUUAAAAAAAAAAUUUUUUUUUUUGAAGAACUGUAGCAUGAAAAUAUCUCCUAAAAAAGAAUCUGACUUGGUUCCAUAACUACACUAAUCUAAAAAAUAUGCCCCCUCUCUGUGCUUACAAAGGACUUUUUUUUUUAUCAUUGUCCCCUAAUUUUUUUGGGGGGGAAAGAGUUUAUUUGGCUUAAUCUUGAAAUAUAUCAGGCACAUGUCCAUACUUUCAAUUUGAUUCCAUGUUGCUUCAGCCUGUUCUUACCCUGUCUUUUAUUUCACUUGAUGUAAGUGAACAAAAUGUCAUAUUUAUUAAUUUGACAAAAUAUCUACUAUAAGCUAGGCCCACUGAUAUUUCCUUUGCCUCCUUUUAAGAUUUCUAUCAAUCUAACAAGAUUGUUGACAGACCAAGUUAAGUAACAGGCAGCACAUAAAUUAUGUGUAUACAUAGUGAAAGGAAAAUUGGAAUUUAUAAUUUUUUUGGAUUUAAUGAUCUAAGGGACUAUGAAUAGAAUUUGUUAAAAAAUUUUAACAUUUCUUUGUUGAACCACAUCAUGAUUUCUUUAAACUGAAUCUAAUCAGUGGAAGAAAUUGAAUCAGUCAGCUGAAAUGAAUUUCUUAUUCUAAUUUAAACAUCCAGAAUCACUCCCCACUUUUCUUUAUUUUUUUUUUUAAAGCUGCAGCCCACAGUGAAUUCCAAAACGUAUCUUAGUAGGAUCUUGACUUGAGUUUUAGCUUGUCAUAUCCUUUACUUAGCUUCUGAAUCACUUAUAAAACAACAUUUUGGUGGAAACAUUUGUUUUUGUUUUUGUUUUUAACAGGGGAUCUAAGGUUCUAAAAGACUUAGAUUUUCCAUCCUGAUUUCUUAGAGAUUUAAAAUCUUGAAUAAAUGGUGUAGACACCAAAACACCUAAGUCAUAUAAAGUGAGAAGAAUGCUACAAGUGGUUUUUGUUGUUAUUUUUUUAAUUUCAAAUGACUACAGUUUUCUAAGAAAUGUUUCACAUCUUUGUCACUUAGAGGAUGGAAGAAGAGACAGGAAGAAAAAUGCUAUUGUGUAAGAAACAAAUCUCCCCACCCCCAAGUUGAUGGGCAUUCAUUGAAACAACCCAUUUGCAAAUGAAUAUUCACUAAGUGCUCCUUGAUUUUAGAGAUCUGUGUUUUGUAGACCAUGAGGCCAUUCAACUUCAUGGAAUAAUAAAAGGGCAUUUGUCUUUAUACUGAAUCUUUUCCAUUGAAGUCCUUGCUCCCCACUCACAUCCUUUGCAUCAAAAAUGUUAAAAGAGGAAAAUAAUGUUGUAACCCAGUUUAUUUGUGUUUAAAAAAAAAAGAUGACUGGGCUUCUGUAUUUUGUUAUUUGAAUUAUACCCCAUUGUUGUUUGAGUGUCUCAACUUCAGGUGAAUCAAUUAGAGAUAUCCAAUCAGAUGUUAAGACAGAGUAGAAAGGAGUUUUGUUCUGAAACUUCUCCAAAGAUGAAUUAGGGAAAUGAAUCAUUUUGGGUAAGGGUCUUCAUGGCUACCAAAGCAUUUGUAAGCAAGGAAGGAUCCAAAGUAUGCAGAAAGAAUAAGAAGCAUAUUUUCAGUAAAUGUCACCCUUAUCUAAAAUUUAAAUUUAAAAUAAGAAAAAACCACACACACUCUCCAGCAGGGAGGGAAUGUGAGCCAGGAGAGUGAAUCAUAUCUGGAGUUGUGACCUUGGCCAACAGUAUGUUUUCACAGCUUCAAUUCCAAAUUCAGGAUGUCGGAUUGUUUUUUCAAUUGUGAUGAUCUUCUAGUAGGAGAUAAUGACAUUUGAAUCUGAGGUUAUACUUGGAGGUAGAAUUAACUGGUUUCCUGGGGGUUUUGUAUAUGCCUAUACCCCUAUACUAUAGUGCUACUACUCAAGCCCUCUUAAUAUAAGUUGAUUUCUCUAAUCAACCAAGAGUCAGUAUCAUCACUUUUUUGGGGAACUUUGGCCCUUGUUCCCUUUGAAAUCCUUCACAGAGACAAAUUGGAUAGGGAAAACGUCACCUGAGAAAUGCUUCUUCCCAAAAUGAUAGCUAUAUUUAUUUUUCUGGUUAGAAAUUUCUAGUUUCUAGACAUGACCAAUCCACUGGCACUCUCAAGGGCCCAGAAGGAACUAUUUUCCCUAGAAAUAAUUUUCAUAAAAGUUCAAUUCCCAGUCAAUGAUAACAGUAUUGUUGUGUUAUUGUGGUUGUUGUUGAAAUGUGAUAGAUACUGUAUUUUCUAUUUUUUAAAAAAAAGCAAAUCUCCCAUAUAAUGUGAAAAAAAAAUUUCCUCUAGAAGGCAGCUGUAGUGUAUACAUCUUGCUUCUUCUUUAAAAAAAAAUCCUUUUGAGAAAGAAAAACCUGUUUUUCAUCAAAUUCAUGUCUUUGAUGGAUGUAUAUGCACUUAUCAUUUUCCUAAUAAAGAUCUGUAUUCAAACAUAA